CUGCUCCUCUCUGGCGGCUUGCGGCGAAGAGAGUCCCGUGGCGUAAUAGCGCUUGCCGAACAGCUCUCUCCAGGGCUCCUUAAGAGGCAAGAGGGACAGCAAGAGGGCUCUGUUUGCCGAGUAGAUGCCCAGUUAUCCAGAUGCCCCAACAUGCCUUUUGUGGACUGGUUCCUGUACCACUCGGUGGCCAUGUGGCUGCUCCUCCAGAGUUUCGUCUUGAUCGCCUUUUGCUUCCACUCAGCCACCACCUACCCCAAGGGCUGCUACCCUUCCAGCGAAGACGGCUUGAAAACUUUCCGUUGUAGCAAAGCUCAGCUGACCAUCGUCCCAAAAGACAUCCCCAACGACACCAACAAAUUGUUCCUGGAUUACAACCAGAUCGCUUUCCUACCCAACGAUGCCUUCCAGAACUUGCCGCUCCUGAUGGAGCUCGACUUGUCUCACAACAUCAUCAGCCGGGUGGAAGUCGGGGCUUUCCGGGGCUUGCCGGAAGGCCUGCAUUCUUUGGACUUGUCCUCCAACAAGCUGGUGUCGGUCAACAAGGACGUUUUUAACCCGCUCAAAGCCAAAGCCAACCUCUCCAGCAACCCUUGGCUCUGUGACUGCACUCUGCAGCAGCUCAUCGAGAGGGUGGAGCUGGUCGCCGGCACGUCUGACGGAAUCACGUGCGAUGCCUCUGUGCGGAAGGAGCACAUUGGCAAGCCGUUCCUGCAGCUGGUCGGGGACAUAGACUUCUGCAACAUCUACAAGAAGACCACCGACAUCGCCAUGCUGGUCACCAUGUUCGGCUGGUUCGCCAUGGUGAUCUCGUACCUGAUCUAUUACGUCCGGCAGAACCAAGAGGAUGCCCGGCGGCACCUGGAGUAUCUCAAGUCCCUGCCCAGCAAGCAGAAGAAGUCCGAGGAGUCGUCGACGAUUAGCACUGUGGUGUGACCAAAAAAAAAGAUAUUUAAAAGACAGUCUGUCCCUCCAAACUCUCCCGCCCACGUCCUCCAAAAAAUCAUAGAUCUGCUGGAAUAGAUGAGGAGGUUCUCCAUCUAAUUCUGGCGGGUCACGCUGGAACGCACAAUGGCUGAAGAGACUGUUAUUAAACGAAGAACAACAAAAAAACACACCACUGUGUGGAGGCCGGGCCUUGUUUAUACAAAACGCCUCCCAUAAUAGUUCACUCCUGAGCAUCAGACAACAAGAACUGUGCCCCAGUAAGAACCAUGACUGAAUUCUCCGAUAUGCAGAAAAUGAGGGGUUGAAUCGACUCAUUCCCAGGCCUACGGUAGAGACUCCAUUGUGCAGUGACCUUGCACAAUACCCUCACUUGUCCAGCCUCCAACGUUUGGUAUCAAAAAACUGGAGUGUUGCAUCCUGGGACAUGUUCCCUGCAUGCAGUGUCCCAGAGAUACGAUUGGGAGCGAGGGGAUUUUGCUCCUGGAGUGGUGCAUCCUGGGACAUGUUCCCAUCAUGCAGUGUCCCAGAGGUACGAUUGGGAGCGAGAGGAUUUUGCUCCUGGAGCAUUGCAUC